AGUUCUGCCUUCAAGCGCUCCAGAACAAAUCAGCUGGCGUGCCGAACAUAUACAUAUAUAUAUUUUUUGUUUUGUUUACAACCUACGUUUUGUUAUCAUAUCAAGUGCAAGCAAGCUUUUUAAAGAUAAGAAACGAGUUGAGAUCUCAGAACUUCGAAUACCGAAUUUCAAACUUCCUUUUCGAUACUGAAAACCAUGUCCUCCGGAAAGAUCCUGCCACGUCGCCAGGCGGUGCCAGUACUCUAUACCAGGGGCACCCACUAUGAGGUCGGAUUCGAUAUGGGCCGCACAUUCGGGUCGAUGAUCAAGAACUUUCUGAUCUUGUCGAAGCCUCUCAACGAGACCUACUUGCCGCUCUACCAGUCCCCAAAAGGCAGGCAAAUAUAUAACGAGACCCUUGGAUCGGUGAAGGACAGCUUCCCGCAGUAUAUUCGCGAAUUGGAGGGCGUGGCCGAUGGUGCGGAGGUGGAAUUCCAUAAGCUAUUUUUACUGCAUCUGGACGAGAUUCUGCCGCAGGCAUUGAAGCACCAACCACGCAGCAAGAACCAACCCACUGGAUGCUCCACUAUUAUUGUCAACCAAAAGAAUUGCCGCCUGCUGGGCCACACGGAGGAUGCCCUGACGGAGACCCUCAACCAUUACUACUUCGUGGUGGCCCACAUCAUCAGCGACAAGCCGCAGGGCAAGUACAACGUGAAGGAGGAGCACUUCAUGUCCCUGUGCUACGCAGGCCACCUGCCCGGCUACACCAUGAGUCAGAACCACCACGGACUGGUCUUCAGCAUCAAUACGAUCAGUGCGGAGCUUUUGCGCAGCGGCAAGACCCCUCGUCACUUCAUCACCAGAGCCCUGUUGGCCACCAGCAAUGUGGACGAUGCUUUUAGGGUGCUCAAGGACGCGGGAGUGGGAGCGGCGGAUGCCUGUUCCGUGAACUUCACCUUCCUUGCCGAUCCGCGACACAUGUGCUACAAUGUGGAGGUGGCUCCCUCGCCGGAGCGAAAGAACGAGUCCCAUUUGAGCAUCAAGGAGAUUCCCUUGGGGGAGCAUAAUUACCAUGUCAAUCAAUUCGAUCGCAUCCGGCAGGACCAGGCCAACGAACUGAUGAUCGACUCGAGCAUCUCGCGGAUGCGGACCUUCGGAACGUACAAGCCGCCGAUGAGCGAGCAGGAUGUGCGCCACAUGCUCGGCGACGUUUCCGGCGGAGAGUACUGCGUGUGGCGGGAAAACAGAAGGUGCGACGAGGUGGUCAAGACCAUUGCCGUGGGCAUCUUCGAUCUCAGCGGCAGGACGGUCUCCCUCUACUCGGACAAUCCCAGCGAGACGGAGCCCCACUGCCGCCUGCCGCUCCUCUUCAAGUAGACUCUGCUGCUGCUUAACCACUCUUAAAAGUUAUUAUUAUAUUUCACAUUUUCAACAUAUUUCCAACACUUUCCAAAUCGUUUUUUUUUUGCAAAUCUCUUAUGGGAUUUUGACACUGCAUUGUUGACCUCAUUUCCUUGCUCAUUUAUGUUUUUAACUAUACGAUUUUACGUAAGUGCGAGCAAGACAAACGUAUUACGAUUCCGAUGAGCAAUGAAUGAAGGAAAUUGACAGAAGCCGAUACCUGAUAGUAAAAUACUAGACGGGAUUGGGUAAUAAAAAUAACAUUCGAUAAAAUACCACCGGGGCCGAUACAUCAAUGAGCAAAAUUGUAUUUAAAAGUACAAUUUUGGUCAUUCAUACGGGUAUGACAGUACAUUGUUCGCCUCAUUCAUUGACGGAUUCAUUGAAGCUCAGAGACAGAGACAACUAAUGCAUACUGCUUUAGAUUCUUUUGGCAAUAAGUUCACGGUCACACGUUAUAUUCAAUCUUUUUUGUUACAUUUUUAAGGAUUUCAAUUGUUUCCUUUAACUGGUAACAAAUAUUUCAUAUACAUUUAAGCCUAGCUUUUUUCUUCCGUUUUGUCGUCAACUCCAAUCAAUGAGCAAAAUUGUGCUUUUUAAAUACAAUUUUGCUCAUUGAUGUAUCGGUCCCGGUGGUAUUUCAUCGAAUGGUAUUUUUAUACCAAAAUCCGGUAUAUAUUUUCUACUAUCGGGUAUCGGUUCUGACAAUUUUCAUCAUCGAGUAAUGUUGGUCACCGACUUCGAAAACACCAUUUUGAGCUUGUACUUUCAAGCUCUUUAAAACGCCUUUUAAAAUUUACGUGUAACUUCCAAAAUAUUCCCCUGAACGAUUUAACAUUUUUUGUGUGUAUUCUUCAAUGUACAUAAACUUCGAAAAUAAAAUAAUAAAAAAUAA